AGACCCCUGCACUACAGGACCCUCAUGGGCAGCAGAGCUUGUGUCAGAAUGGCAGCAGCUGCCUGGGGCAGUGGUUUUCUCAAUGCUCUCCUGCACACUGCUAACACAUUUUCAAUACCACUCUGCCAAGGCAAUGUCCUGGACCAGUUCUUCUGUGAAAUCCCCCAGAUCCUCAAGCUCUCCUGCACAGAUGCCUACCUCAGGGAAGUAGGGCUUCUUGUGGUUGGUAUUUGUUUAGCUUUGGGGUGUUUCAUUUUCAUUGUGGUGUCCUACGUGCAGAUCUUCACUGCUGUGCUGAGGAUCCCCUCUGAGCAGGGCCGGCACAAAGCCUUUUCCAUGUGCCUCCCACACCUGGCCGUGGUCUCCCUGUUUGUCAGCACUGUCAUGUUUGCCUACCUGAAGCCCCCCUCCAUCUCCUCCCCAGCUCUGGAUCUGGUGGUGGCUGUUCUGUACUCGGUGGUGCCUCCAGCAGUGAACCCCCUCAUCUACAGCAUGAGGAACAAGGAGCUCAAGGAUGCCCUGAAGAAACUCAUUGAGGUGGUACUAGUUCAGCAGCAAUAA